CCCGGCUGCGGCGGCGAGGGAGGAGGAAGAAAAGGAGGAGGCGGCUCCCGCGCUCGCAGGGCCGUGCCACCUGCCCGCCCGCUCGCUCGCCGCGCCGCACUGCCGACCGCCAGCAUGCUGCCGAGAGUGGGUUGCCCUGCGCUGCCGCUGCCGCCGCCGCCGCUGCUGCCGCUGCUGCUGCUUCUGCUGGGCGCAAGUGGCGGCGGCGGCGGGGCGCGCGCGGAGGUGCUGUUCCGCUGCCCUCCCUGCACACCCGAGCGCCUGGCCGCCUGCGGGCCCCCGCCGGUCGCGCCGCCCGCCGCGGUGGCCGCGGUGGCCGGAGGAGCCCGCAUGCCAUGCGCCGAGCUCGUCCGGGAGCCGGGCUGCGGCUGCUGCUCGGUGUGCGCCCGGCUGGAGGGCGAGGCGUGCGGCGUCUACACCCCGCGCUGCGGCCAGGGGCUGCGCUGCUAUCCCCACCCGGGCUCCGAGCUGCCCCUGCAGGCGCUGGUUAUGGGCGAGGGCACUUGUGAGAAGCGCCGGGACGCCGAGUAUGGCGCCAGCCCGGAGCAGGUUGCAGACAAUGGCGAUGACCACUCGGAAGGAGGCCUGGUGGAGAACCACGUGGACAGCACCAUGAACAUGUUGGGCGGGGGAGGCAGUGCAGGCCGGAAGCCCCUCAAGUCGGGUAUGAAGGAGCUGGCUGUGUUCCGGGAGAAGGUCACUGAGCAGCACCGGCAGAUGGGCAAGGGCAGCAAACAUCACCUCGGCCUGGAGGAGCCCAAGAAGCUGCGACCGCCCCCUGCGAGGACUCCCUGCCAACAGGAACUGGACCAGGUCCUGGAGCGGAUCUCCACCAUGCGCCUUCCGGAUGAGCGGGGCCCUCUGGAGCACCUCUACUCCCUGCACAUCCCCAACUGUGACAAGCAUGGCCUGUACAACCUCAAACAGUGCAAGAUGUCUCUGAACGGGCAGCGUGGGGAGUGCUGGUGUGUGAACCCCAACACCGGGAAGCUGAUCCAGGGAGCCCCCACCAUCCGGGGGGACCCUGAGUGUCAUCUCUUCUACAAUGAGCAGCAGGAGGCCCGCGGGGUGCACACCCAGCGGAUGCAGUAGAUCCAGCCAGUCGGUGCCUGGCGCCCCCGCCCCCACCCCUCUCCAAACACCGGCAGAAAACGGAGAGUGCUUGGGUGGUGGGUGCUGGAGGAUUUUCCAGUUCUGACACACGUAUUUAUAUUUGGAAAGAGACCAGCACCGAGCUCGGCACCUCCCCGGCCUCUCUCUUCCCAGCUGCAGAUGCCACACCUGCUCCUUCCUGCUUUCCCCGGGGGAGGAAGGGGGUUGUGGUGGGGGAGCUGGGGUACAGGUUUGGGGAGGGGGAAGAGAAAUUUUUAUUUUUGAACCCCUGUGUCCCUUUUGCAUAAGAUUAAAGGAAGGAAAAGUAAA